CAUCACCUUCUCCGAUCCCUUGCAAGUCUCAACCAAAGACAGAGUCAGCAAGAUCCCGACUCACGAGUGCCGACUGUCGAGUGGCCUGCGUAGCUGAUAUAUAUAUAGCUCUACUCCCUCCCUCCAAAUUCAUGGCGUCGUCCAAGUCCAAUAACCCCAGAGUGUUCCUGGACAUCGCCAUCGGCACCACGCCCGCCGGUCGCGUGGAGAUCGAGCUUUACGCGGACAAGGUGCCGCGCACGGCGGAGAACUUCCGGCUGCUCUGCACGGGCGAGCGGCGGUCCCGCUCUUCCGGGCGCGCGCUGAGCUACAAGGGCGCCGCGUUCCACCGCGUGGUGCCAGGGUUCAUGUGCCAGGGCGGCGACAUCACGGCGGGCAACGGCACGGGCGGCGAGGCCGCGGUGGCCGCGGCGGACGGGCAGCGGUACUUCCACGACGAAGGGUUCGAGGUGCGUCACGACGCGCCCGGGGUGGUGUCCAUGGCCAACGCCGGGCCAAACACCAACGGCUCCCAGUUCUUCGUCGCGCUCGACAGGGCGCCGUGGCUCGACGGCCGCCACGUCGCCUUCGGCCGCGUGCUUGAGAGCAGCAUGCCCGUCGUGCGCGCCGUCGAGAAGGCCGGAUCCUGGAGCGGCAAGACGCUCAAGCCCGUCGUCAUCACUGACUGCGGCCAGCUCUAGCUCUAGCUAGCUACAACAAGCCACAAGAGAAAUCAAACUCGACGGAUGGAUCCAUCUUCCGUUCGCGCGGGAUAAAAUAUGUCCAUCGGUAUAAUAAAUUUAACAGUGUUGCGCUAAUUGUGUGUUGUGUGCUACAGUGUAGUAAUUAAAUUUGAUCUGAUAUGUACUAUUUACAUUUUGAGCGUCUUGUUCCAGUUUUCUUUUCUUUUUUCGCGAGGAUUGUUCCAGUUUUCUUGAUUGUUACUACUCCCGAUUGGGCAAGUGAACUUGACGUUUCAGUUGAGCCUUGCAGUACAAGUGUGAAGGGUACAAUGACCUAAUUGGUGUUGAUGUUGAUGUCCACCAGUAUGUCCCAGACUCCCAUGGGUGGGAAUCAGGCACAUAUCAUUUGGACAAUAUUUUAUUUUGCCAGUUGAUGUAAUGAUUGGGGUCCCAUGAAGUUAGGAGUGAUCAGUUUUAAAGGGGAAUUAGUAAAAGUUAUACGGUUCUGCUGCUA